AUGGAGCAACGUCUAAGGCUACUGAGCAAAACGCAGCCACCAUCCGCAAUGCCAACAAAAAUACGACGGAUCCGUCGCCUUUGUGUUAAUAUUGAGGACAACGGCUGCCGUCCUUGCCGUUGCUUGAAGUCAAUGAAUUCGCCAUAUUAUCGGGACGAAAGCGUGUACUACAAUCCUUGGGAUUACGACAAAAGCAACCAAAUGCAGCAGCACAUGAACUCGGCAGUCUAUGCCUAUGCUGUGCACAAUCUCUGCUCGCCUAAUGCGGCAGCCGGUCCGAGCUCCGGCUCGAAUUAUGGCGGCACACGCCAGCCGGCCGGGGUAACCGUAUGCAACAAUUCCAGCCAGGAGGAGACCAUUGCGGAGCUCAAAUUUAUGCUGGACACGCUGGAGCAUCAGCAGCAUAUGACGGACAUGGGCGCCUUCUACAGCUCCGCUGCCCAGUCAACGAAUAGCUUGAGAAGCCAGCCCAGCUUUCACCCAUGCGUGCACCCAUUCUUCCACCCAAACUUUCAGCCAAGCCAGGAGCCAAGCCUGCAGCCAAGCAGCUGCUCGACAAACGCCUCACAGAAUUCCGAGGGCAGCGCACAACAUACUGUCCUGGAUUACACCCAGCAUUUGGGCGAGUCGUUUGCGGAAGAAGGAAAAGCGGAAGGAAAAGCGGAAGAAAAGGGGGCUACCGAGGAUGUGCCUCCGCAAAGCGAUCGAGAUAUGCAAAUAAAAACGCUCACGGAUCUGAUGCGCCAGACAAUGCGCAAGCUGGACAGCUACAUGGCGCUGCAAUCCGUGCAGCAGCAGCAGCAGCAGCUGAACCUGAACUCGUAUCUGGAUCUGCCACGGCUGACACAGUAUAUGGACUCGUCGCUGCCAAUGACCCUGGUGAACAAGGCACGCGGCAAGCGGCUGGUAAAGGUCAUGCCUGUGCAGCCGCUGGUCAUAAUGCCGGCACAAACCGCAACCGUUGCCCCACCAGCGCCAGCUGCUCCGGUCGAGCCGCCCGGCAAGCCCGAUAGCACCAAAUAUCGUAUGCGUGUUCGCAGAAAACGUCCGCCCAGCGCAAGACCCACAAGCAAAAGCCCGGCCGCCGAGAGCUGCCCGGCCAGCUCCCAAGUGGGGGCGCCUGGACAAAACAUGCGCGAUAGCAGCACCACCAUGUGGUGUCCCAGGGAUUGCUGCAAGCACUGCUGUGGCGUGGUUACGGAGAGCAGGACAAGAUUACCCAAGCCGGAGCCAGCACCGGCUGCCCCGGUAUCCAUUCCCAUACAGCUGUACACGAUGGGGCCCGUGGGCAUGUCUCCGCAGCCCAGCUCAAUAGAUACGAGCAGGUGUCCAAGAUGCGCUGAGUGCGUGCCUCCACCGUUGCCCAAGAAGCCGCUACCAAAGCUGCAGCCGAGCAAUCACGAUUCGGACUAUGACAUUCGAUACCUCGUGAAUGCUGAAGUGGACCGAAACAGGGCUGGCAAGCUUAGCUACGCAUAUAUAGAGGAGCAGGAGGAGGAGGAGGAACAGGAAGAAGAGGAGGAGCAGGAGCAGCAGCAGAAGCUGGCCCAACGCCUCCCUCGCAACCUGAAGCUGGAGCCAGAGACUGAGCUAGAGCCGGAGCCGGAGCCGGAGCAAAGUAGCUCGGAUCACUGGUAUAAAAACGCACGGCGUAGUUUGGCUCACUUGGAACAGCAGGAGAGCUACUUCUCCAUGGAGCUGGAGCAGGAGCGGGAGCGGGAACGGCGAGUGGCGGCUUCGGGGUGCACCUGCAACAAGUUGCAGCAAACGGAUUCCUGCAGCACCAUGGACAUCUCAACGGACAGCAGCAUGACACCCACACGUUUCAUAGCCACCACGGACAAGUCGGUGUCGACCAACGACAUGCAACAGGAGCUGCAGGCUGCAAAGAGUCCGUCCGUCAAGAUUGUGCGCAUCUACAAGACGUCCUCCAUGAAGUCCAGGCGCGGCAAGUCCUUGUCCAAAAAUAAAUCCAAGGUCAAGUUUGACAAGGCCCAAGCGAAGCUGCAUAAGGUGGAGUCCAAUGUGAAUCCGUUCCUGGUGCCGCCGCACCAGCAGCUGCCCAAGUAUCGCAUACUCAAGUCCAUGAGCGAGGCUUUACCCAAUGGCGGGCGGCCGUGCGAAAGGAAACGCCGCUAUACGGCGGAGCAGGAGGCCCGGUAUCGGCGACUUAUGGAGGAGGUCGAGAGCAUAGGCGAGAUGGAAAGAAAUGUCAGCAACGAAUUCAAAUGCAAUCCCAUGGCCAGUAGCUCACGCUUGCGCUGCCAUGGCGGCUCAGCUUCAUCCGUUUAUCCGACCGGCUGGACGCAGUGA